AUGUUUUUGCAUAUCUUCUGCUUGCUGUCCCUGGCGGUGGCACCGCAGUCAAUCGCCCAAGGUACGAAAAAUUCCUCUGCUAAGCCUGGCUGUGAAAGCAGAUGUGGAAAUAUAGAAGUUUCAUACCCAUUUGGAAUCGGUAACGGAUCAAAUUGUUCCCUAAACUCGUGGUUUUAUAUACAGUGCGCUUCUGUCAACCCUCCAAAAGCCUACCUUGGUACGACUGGCAUUGAGGAUACCGCUGCAGCUGCUGGGAAGGAUACGAGGGUAACCCAUAUCUCAGUCCAGGAUGCACUGAUAUCGAUGAAUGCCAGUCUUUUCCAUGAAAGAAGGCAGAAGCUGUUUCAGGAUGCCAGGGUCCCAAAACAAAGUGGCUAUAGGGGCGGGUUUGGGCUCUGGAAUGGGAUUACUACUACUAUUAUCAACUUGCUUUUGGUUACACAAGUUUCAGAAGAAGAGAAAGAUCAAAAAGCGCAAAGAAAAAUUCUUUAA